AUGGGGGAUGGAGCAGUCGCGGCGGAGCCAUCAGCACUCUCGCUAUCCACCUUCUCGUCAGUUUACGACGAGGAGGUGCUGCACCUCCGCACAGUAGAGUCGGAGACGCAUGUUCAGCCAGCAUCGCAGCAGCACAUCUUGGCCGAGCGCGCGCACACCUCGUUUCACCACGACCGCCGCCUUCAGUGCGGCCGGAUAGCUCCGAUUCGGACCGAGGCGCGCCCAUUGUCAGCUCCUCACUCCCCUCUCCCUUUGAUGGACUCUCCAUCGUUGUUGGUGCUCCCAGAAUCUUCGUUGACGUACAAUGAGGAAGCCGCCUCGCUAUCGCUACCGCUCGACGGCUCAGAUGGUGGCAACUGUGUUUCUGCUCAUCCGACUGCGUGGACGUACAGCUCGCGCUCAGUGAUGGGUGCUACUAGGCCUCAACCGCUCCUGCCAUCCGCUGCAUCGACGAUGAGCACCGCAACGCCACGUGGAGACGCUGCCGGGGUAGCGUACCAGUCACUUAUCGCAGAGGAUGACGAGGGCGAUGUGGAGUACAAGUGGCGCCUCACCGACAUAUCGGCAACUCGUUUUCAACACCUCGUGACCCAAAUGCAAUUUCGCGUCUCAGAGGGCCAUGGCCAGUGCCUCUACGAACUUGGUGUCUCCGACGACGGCACCCCUAGCGGGUUGAUGCGUCGGGACUUCAACGAGUCCGUGCAGACCAUUUACCGCAUGGCAGCUCAGCUGCAACUCGAGGCGACGCUGCUGCAGUGCUUUGUCGUCGGAAAGACUGCGACGGACACGACUGGAGGCAGAGCUGCCUCCCCAUACAACAAGGUGAACGCCACAGCGGCAGAGGGCGCAGAGAGAUAUGGUAACCAAGACGUGCGAUGGGACAGCACGAAGAAUGAGGAGGAGCUGCUGUGUGGGGAGAUUAUGCUAUCGCGGCGCCAGGCAGGGAGUGGCGGCCACGAUCUGAGCCUCGCUUUCUGCGGCGCCGUCGGCUCCGGCAAGUCCACGCUGAUGGCGGUGCUUCUCACGUCUCGCCUAGACGACGGCUGCGGUGGCACGCGGCAGUCCCUGUUCAACCACAAGCACGAGCUCGACACAGGGCGGACAAGUUCGCUCGCGUCGAGGGUUUGGACAGUGUUGCAGGAGCCGACUGGCCCGUCCCCAGCUCUGGCACGGCCUGUCAGUGCAACACAGCUGCCGUCGCCCAGGGACUCGCCCGCCGCGGUACCGAGCAGCUCCGUUGCCAGUUGCUCUUGCGUUUCGUCUCCUGCGGCGGCGCUGCCAUCGCCAACGCCGCCUUUCACGCGCGCCUCACCCCGCUCCAUCACGCUCCUUGACGCCGGUGGCGACAUCACGAAGACGAUGCUGUUUGGCCUCAUGAGCCGCAAGCCGGACUACGUGUGCGUGUGCGUGGCGGCCGACACCGCCGAUGUCUCCGACGUAUCCCUGUACGCCGAGGUAUGCUGCGCAAUGAACACGCCGUUUGUGGUGGUGGUUACGAAGAGCGACCUGGUGGAGGAAUUUGAGCUGGAUGGCCUCGUCAUGGAGGUGGCGGUUGCGCUGGAUGUGGUGGGGUGUGCGUCGGACCAGGUUGAUUCCAUGCUGAUGGCCUCGGCGUACUGUAGGGACUGGCUACCGCGCCACCGUGAUGCCGCCGUGGAGGGUGGUGUGGGUACGACGACCCCUGUUGAAACCCCAGCUGCGACAGCUGGCCCUCUCAGUGCCGAGCGGCUUCGUGUGCCCGUGUUUUGUGUCUCGUCGGUGCAAGGCGGAGAAGGCCUGGAGCUAUUCCGCUACUGCCUCUCCCACCUGCAGAACCCUCCUCCCUCGCCUCUGCUGAGCCCGCCUUCGUGGACCUCAAAGCCUCCCUUUGAAGUCCUUCUGGACUCCGCCUUUGCCGUCGAUGGCGUGGGGCACGUUGUGCACGGCCGCGUCGUACGCGGCCCAGUCGAGGUGGGGUGCAGCUGCUACAUCGGUCCUGGGAGUAAUGGUCGCUUCUACGCCGUGCUCGUGCGCGGCAUUCACGUUGACGGUGAGCACGUGAAUGAGGCGCAGGUUGGCGACGAGGCUACUUUCGCCCUGAACCGACUGCCGGAGGCGGUGACGGUCUCGCACAAGGGCAAAGUUCUCGUGCGUCAGCCGGAGACUGCGGUGCGGCAUUUUCAGGCUACCGUCUCGGUGCUGUCGCAGUCGAUUGGCGCGCACAUGGAGCCGAUCAUGUACACUCGCAAUGCACGACAGGCCGUGCGCGUGACUUCUGUCACGUUGCCCAGCAGCGAGGAGGAGAGCGAUGCCACUACAAAUGCCGGGCACCGCGAGAGAUUCCUGUUGCAGUGCCGUUUUCUCUUCCGUCCAGAGGUUGUCAGCGCUGGCGACGCUGUGGUGCUGCACUGGGCUCCGCGUGGUAUCGCCGUUGGCCGCAUCACGUCCGUGAUGACGCCGGUUACAGUGUAG